GCCAGAGGAGCGGGUCUCUCUGGGGUCGCGUUUGCUCAGGCCUGGAGGCUCGAGACUUGAGUCCAGGAAGGGCUGGGGGAACAGUGUCUGUGAGGAGCCCACGCACCCACCUGAGGGGUUGAGUGUCGGCGUCCUCCCUCUCCUGACAUUCACAUCUCUCGGGGCUCCACCCCACCGCGGGAACCCCUCAUCAGGAGAUGGCCGCGCUGAUGCGGGGCAAGGAAUCAUCCCGAUGUCUACUCCUACUGGCCGCGGUGCUGAUGGUGGAGAGCUCCCAGCUUGGCAGCUCGCGGUCCAAACUCAACUCUAUCAAGUCCUCUCUGGGAGGGGAGACUCCUGCUCAGGCUGCCAAUCGAUCUGCGGGCAUGAACCAAGGACUGGCUUUCGGCGGCAGUAAGAAGGGCAAAAGCCUGGGGCAGGCCUACCCUUGCAGCAGUGAUAAGGAAUGUGAAGUGGGAAGAUAUUGUCACAGUCCCCACCAAGGAUCGUCAGCCUGUAUGGUGUGUCGGAGGAAAAAGAAACGCUGCCAUAGAGACGGCAUGUGUUGCCCUGGUACCCGCUGCAAUAAUGGCAUCUGCAUCCCGGUCACUGAGAGCAUCCUGACCCCUCAUAUUCCAGCUCUGGAUGGCACUCGGCAUAGAGAUCGGAACCAUGGUCACUAUUCCAACCAUGACCUGGGAUGGCAGAAUCUAGGAAGGCCACACACCAAGAUGUCGCAUAUAAAAGGACAUGAAGGUGACCCCUGUCUGCGAUCAUCAGACUGCAUUGAUGGAUUUUGCUGUGCUCGCCACUUCUGGACCAAAAUCUGCAAACCAGUUCUCCAUCAGGGGGAAGUUUGUACCAAACAGCGCAAGAAAGGUUCCCAUGGGCUGGAGAUUUUCCAGAGGUGUGACUGUGCAAAGGGCCUGUCCUGCAAAGUUUGGAAAGAUGCUACCUACUCCUCCAAAGCCAGACUCCACGUGUGCCAGAAGAUCUGACAAACACUGGGAGAGUUAUCACUAGCAGACUGUGAAUUUGUGUAUUUCAUGCAUUAUGGCAUGAUGGAACAUCCAGUUUGGAGCGCGGAAGAACACGGAACGUGAUGGGGAUUUGGAGCACAGGAGAGCAGUGGGACUGAAUGACGUAGAGACAGUGACAACUAAAGCACAACCAGUGUUUCCAUUAUGCAACUUCUUUAUGUAAAUAAUGUACACUUUUGUGAAAAUGCUAAUAUUAAAAGAAAGCACACCGUGGAAAUUACUGACAAAUACUGUGUGAUUUUCCAAGAGUUUGGCUUGAGUUAGAGGGAACAGUUCCUUCAGAUUGGCAAUGACUAUAAAAAUAACCUAAAGCCCUAUUUCUGCUCAAAGUAAUGGUUUAAUAAAUUAGUCUCACUGUCCAUUGGCAUAAGACAAUCUCUAAAACAUGGGGAAGAUGAUAAAUAGGAAGCAAAAGCAUGGAGCAUUGUUAAUUUACAUCCCCCCCCCAAAAAAAUCACCUUUGUCUUUGGAAUGCAGCUUCAACUUCUCACAUAAAGGCCUUGGUAGGCGAGAGAAGAAGGCUGUUAAUAUUUUCCAUAUCGCUUCAAGGUACCGGCAUGUCUUUUCAACAUCUGAAAAAGAUAAAUAUGUGUCUCCCCACACUAUUCAUUUCUUCUCCUGAAUUAUUAAAGACCGCUGUAAGACAAAAGCAAACCCUGCAUGGUGAAGGAAUGCCACUGUAUCUCAAAUGAGAGGCCUACCUAAGCUAGAGCUAGUCAUUGUGUAGUGCAAGCACAGGGCAGAGCUUUCACAGAUUGCAAAACCUUUAAAGAUGUCCAACACAUGUGGGGAGCUGAAAAAUGGAGUGAGCACCGUUUGGCCAAAGCUUUGACAUGUGCUGUAUGUGAUAGAGCAGAUCUGCUAAUACAUUCAUCUUUGCGUAGCUGGAGACCGGUAGGGUGAAGCUGACACUAGAGAUUGGAGUGACAGCUAUACUGAGUGGAGCCCAGCAGGGAAGUAGAGGAAACCUCAUCAUUUGUCCAGGCUCUAAGAUCACGUGUCUGAAGCACAGGCUUAUUUUUCAUGGCUGACCCCAGGGGCUCCACAAGGGAGCUUCAAGCUCUCCAGAGGGUUUGUUCUUCUCAUGAUAUUUACCAUGCAGAAGAGCUCGGUGCAGUGCAACUUGCCCUCCCUCGCCUCAAAAUAUUUCAUAGUUUGGGGGGUGUAAAAUAAUCAAAUAUGAGGGGAUCUUUAAGAGUGGGUUCUCUUAAGCCAGCUGGUACAAGAGGAACCAAUGUCCUCCCUAAGCUUUGGACUGAUGAUAUCUUUGGGAAUUUCUGUACUAGCCUCUCAGUGGAAUUUCACUGCCAAAGACAUAGUUUCUGUUUUCUGCAACUAUUGAGAGUUAAAAAAAAAGUAUUGACAAGUGAAAUCAACAUAUCUCUAAUCUAUAGAAAUUCUUUACUACUUCCUAAUAUAACACAGUUCUAAAUAUUAUGUCUAGAGCGUAAGAGACAAAAAGAGGUUACCAAGCCAUCGCCAGAUCUUACAGAAUCACACCACUUUCUUGUUUUACUUAAAUCCCACACGCAAUCUCGUACAGCCCCUUAGGAGUUUGAACUUCCAGCAUGCAUUUUGCCAGGAUGAUGAUGGACUGUGUCCACAUGUGUGCAAAAAAUCAUAAGCUAAUUCAUCCAAAAGCCAACGUUUGUUGUAUGAGCUCGGUGAUGUGAAAACGGCACAGUUUGGUCACAAUUUCCUACAUAGGAAUGAUACCUACAAUCUAAUUUCCACAUUACUUCCCUUAUAUCCACCCCCUCAAGAAUGAUUAUUUGAAAUAAUUUAUUUACAGGAAAUGUUAAUGAGAUGUAUUUUCUUAUAGAGAUGUUUCUUACAGAAAGCUUUGUAGCAGAAUAUAUUUGCAGCUGUCGACUUUGU